GGUGGCGGCGAGGGCGGGAGGGGGAUGUGGGUCGGGAAGUAGUUCCGGGUGCGCUGCCCCGGAUGUUGGCUGCUCCCGCUGCCGCCGCCGCUCUCGGCGCUGCUCGGGGCCUCGGCCGCUCGCACUAGGCACCGUUGGGACUUUUCCCGGGGGGCGGAGACGCACGCAGCGGCCGGGGGCUCGGCCGGGCCGUCCCGGCCUGCGCAGCCUGAGAUUCUCUUUGUGGCCAGAUGGGUUUGUAUGGACAGGCUUGUCCAUCUGUAACUUCAUUAAGGAUGACAUCUGAACUGGAGAGCAGCCUAACAUCUAUGGACUGGUUACCACAGCUCACCAUGAGAGCAGCCAUCCAAAAAUCUGAUGCUACACAAAACGCUCAUGGAACAGGAAUUUCUAAGAAGAAUGCACUCCUUGACCCAAAUACAACUCUGGACCAGGAAGAAGUCCAACAGCACAAAGAUGGGAAACCUCCAUACAGUUAUGCCAGCCUCAUUACAUUUGCAAUUAAUAGCUCACCCAAAAAGAAAAUGACUUUAAGUGAAAUUUAUCAGUGGAUUUGUGAUAACUUCCCAUAUUAUAGAGAGGCUGGCAGUGGUUGGAAGAAUUCCAUACGACAUAAUCUGUCAUUGAACAAAUGUUUCCUUAAAGUGCCUCGAUCCAAGGAUGACCCUGGAAAGGGGUCCUAUUGGGCAAUAGACACCAAUCCGAAGGAAGAUGCGCUGCCUACUCGGCCAAAGAAGAGGGCACGAUCUGUAGAACGGGCCUCAACUCCAUAUAGCAUAGAUUCAGAUUCUUUGGGAAUGGAGUGUAUUAUUUCGGGAAGUGCCUCUCCAACUCUGGCAAUCAACACUGUGACUAACAAAGUAACAUUGUAUAACACUGAUCAGGAUGGUAGUGAUAGCCCACGCAGUAGCCUUAACAACAGUCUCUCAGACCAGAGUUUGGCAUCUGUUAAUUUGAACAGUGUUGGAAGUGUGCAUAGUUAUACACCGGUGACAAGCCAUCCAGAAUCAGUCUCUCAAUCAUUAACUCCUCAGCAGCAACCACAGUACAACCUUCCAGAAAGAGACAAGCAACUACUUUUCUCAGAAUAUAAUUUUGAAGAUCUUAGUGCCUCAUUUCGGAGCCUUUAUAAGUCAGUUUUUGAGCAGUCACUUAGUCAACAAGGUUUGAUGAACAUCCCUUCUGAAUCUUCCCAGCAGUCCCACACUUCAUGUUCCUAUCAGCACUCUCCCAGCAGUACAGUGAGCACUCACCCACACAGCAACCAAAGCAGCCUGUCCAACAGUCAUGGCAGUGGCCUCAACACCACGGGCAGUAAUUCGGUUGCACAGGUCUCACUCUCUCACCCCCAGAUGCACACACAGCCAUCUCCACAUCCUCCCCAUCGACCUCAUGGUUUACCACAGCAUUCGCAGCGUUCCCCGCACCCAGCACCACACCCACAGCAACACAGCCAGCUCCAGUCUCCUCACCCCCAGCAUCCCUCUCCACAUCAACACAUACAGCACCAUCCGAACCAUCAGCAUCAGACGUUAACACAUCAGGCACCCCCACCCCCACAACAGGUGUCCUGUAAUUCUGGUGUUUCAAAUGAUUGGUAUGCGACACUUGAUAUGCUAAAAGAAAGCUGUCGAAUUGCCAGCAGUGUUAAUUGGUCAGAUGUAGACCUUUCACAGUUUCAAGGUCUGAUGGAGAGUAUGAGACAGGCAGAUCUCAAGAACUGGUCUUUAGAUCAAGUUCAGUUUGCCGAUCUCUGUUCUUCUCUUAAUCAGUUCUUUACACAAACUGGCCUUAUUCAUUCACAGAGUAAUGUUCAGCAAAAUGUUUGUCAUGGUGCCAUGCAUCCAACAAAACCUUCCCAACACAUUGGAACAGGAAAUUUGUACAUAGAUUCUAGGCAAAAUCUCCCUCCUUCAGUGAUGCCACCCCCUGGUUAUCCUCAUAUCCCACAGGCACUCAGCACUCCAGGAACAACGAUGGCAGGCCAUCACAGAGCCAUGAACCAGCAGCACAUGAUGCCUUCCCAAGCCUUCCAGAUGCGGCGCUCCCUCCCUCCAGAUGACAUCCAGGAUGACUUUGAUUGGGAUUCAAUUGUGUAGGGCUUGUUUCUGCAAGACACCAGACCCUAACGUUACCUUUCUGUGCAGUGAAGGGAAAGGUUUUAAGAGAAUCCAGUUGAGAAAACAAACUUCCUAAUCACUUUACCAAUGUUAUCAAAAUUACUUUUGAAGACAAUCAGAAGGAUUUUAGCUGGAUAACUUACUGCUUUUAUCUGACCCGAACAAGUACUACAUGUUUGUCUCCCUGCCAGCUGCCCUAUGUAGCUCCUAACUGUUGUGUGAUUUGGACGGCUUUUUGUGUAUUUGUGUCAGUUUGAUGUUAACCACAAGUGCCAGACUGAUUUUUCAGACGGAGCCUAUUUUGCUGCAAGCAGUUUAUAUAAAGAUACAUAUGUGUAAAUAUAUGUACAAAAAUUACUGAAAGGCUUCAGUUUUUUCUAAUUGGGUUAUUAUGUCUUGAAAGGAAAGUUAUUGUCAGUUUUUAUUCCUUGUUAGGCUAUUUUCUGCAGGAUGCUUUUAACUGAUGUAGGAAACUGAAAGGAAAUAGAUUUUUUCCAAAGCCAGUUCCCCUUAUUUAAUCUUUUUUAGAAAUGUGGGUAAUGAGUUCUACCUACUAAGUCAAGGAACCCAGGAUUUGAGACUCUCCAAUAAUCCAUAGGGGCAUGUUGCUCCUGAGCAGCAUGAAGAACUGACCAAAUUGGUUUUGAUGCUUGGGGGAUCAUAGAGUAUUUUAUGUCUGCUUUUCAAAAUCUAUGUUAUAACAGCUCUAAAAUUUGUUUGGUAAGAAGUUGGGCAUUGCUUGGCUCUUUAAACACAUCAGUGCUUCCACAUUCAUCUAUGUAUUUAUUAUUCAGAAGUGUUAUUUUAAUAUUUAUUGCUGUCUUCUGUGAAUGCUCGGCUCCUGUUGGGUUCAUUAAGGAAAAAUGUGUCUGAAAGCACAGAAUUACUUUUUUUUUUUUUUUGAGGUGGAAUCUCACCCUGUUGCCCAGGCUGGAGUGCAGUGGCGCGAUCUCGGCUCACUGCAACCUCCGCCUCCUGGGUUCAAGCAAUUCUCCUGCCUCAGCCUCCCGAGCAGCUGGGAGUACAGGUGCACACCGCCAUGCCUAGCUAAUUUUUUGUAUUUUAGUAGAAAUGGGGUUUCACCAUGUUGCCCGGACUGGUCGCAAACUCCUGAGCUCAGGCAGUCUGCCUGCCUCAGCAUCCCAGAGUGCUGGGAUUACAGGUGUGAGCCACUGCGGCCAGCCCAGAAUUACUUUUCUUGAUAAGAAUUUACAGACAAGACACUCAGACAUUGUGUCAUUCUCUAUCAUCACUCCUUUUACCAUGUGAAUAGAUUUCUCUGUCUUGGCAUUCUUGCUAAUUCAGACUUAUUAGUUAAAUCGGAUUUUUCUGGAAUUUGAAUCAGAUUCCAUUUGGGCAACAAUAGCAGGGCAGUGUUUCUAAAGCAAGUUUCCCCACUCAUCUUCUAGGUUGUCUUGAAAGGAGGAUAGAGCCACUUACAAUUUUAUUUGCUUCAGUGUUUAAUGUAGAUAUUAUGUAGCCUGCUGUUUCUGUUGUCCUGUGUGUCUGUGUAUGCAUGACAUUUGGUCCCUUUCUUUGAAAUGCAGCCCACCUCUUAAUGGUUUUUUUAGUGGUGGUGGUUUGUUUUGUUUCAUGUCAUAUCACAGUUUGCAUGGACUGAUUAUCUUAGUUUUAUGAUAAAACUAGAAGAAAUGAGGGGUUUUUUUUUGGAUGAAUAGAUUUUUAAUUGAUUCCUUAGACCAAAAGAAAGUGUCAGUUCUAAUGGGGAAAAAUAUUCCAUCAAGUCAAAGAGUAGUAACUGCUCACAGGUUGCUUUUUAGCAUCUCUGGUCUUAGCAGCCAUGCUAAAUCACUUUAAUUAGCCUUGGUGAUUCUAUGGUUGAGUAAUCUCUACUUGAACUAAAGAAACAUCUUUUGUUUCUGUGUAUGUGUGCUGUGUGUGAGAGAGUGUGCCUGUGCGCGCGCGCGUGUGUUUUAAUGAAGUGUUGCCUUGAAUGAAUCACUGGGAAGCCAGCCAUGGUAAGGGCUGGUGAGGUUGGGGAGAAAGGAAGAGCUUUAUGUUUCUCUGUUGUUUGGACCCUACUUGGCAUGAAAAAGGAAGCUCAGUUCCAGCCCCUUGGAUCAACAAAAAUCAGAGGAUUCUGGAAAGGCAGCCAACUUGCCCCUCUUAGAAGGAUCAGAGGCAAGAUGAGAUGGCAGCCUGCAGAGUAAAUGCUUGAAAAAAGAGGGGGUGAUUUUCAAUGGUUUGCUUAAGUCACUUGUUUUCUAGACACCAAAAUAGCUGUUUUGAAACUGUUUUAAUUGCUUGGGUAGCAAUGUGCACUUUAAACAAUUUGGAUAUUGGAAUGCAGUAUCAUACUGAGUGAUUUGAGUAGAACCACUGAUGAUGAUUUUAUAAAUUGUGUGAAGCGAAUUUCCCAUUUGGCAAUCAUUUACUGAUUUGCAGUGAUCAAUAUUUUUAUGAGAAUUUAAACUUACCAAGAAUGGCCAUGGAGGCAAAGCCUUCACCCAGACCCAUCCCACUCUCCUGUGAUCCAGGUGGUCUAGGAGCCCAGGACAGGCGUUUUCUGUGGGCCCUGGCCACAGACAGGGUUACCUGGUGAGGUGCAGAGAGUCCCUCUAGUGGCCAUUUCGCAUAGUAGUUGCUAAUGCAGAACAAGUUCUGUCUUGGGCUUAAAUUGACUGAAGACUAUAGGGGGAAAGAACAUUAAAUGCAUGUAAACAAAUGGGGGUACUCUGUCCAGGAGAAUAAUCCGACUGGCAUUUGUGGCAGUUUUUGAAAUGUAAAUGUAUUCAUGUGUGUUCUUGUAAAUACAUGUCUCUCAGAUGUCCUUUGAAGUGGGAGGGAAUCAAUCCGGGGAUAAUUUCAAAUGGAAUAGAGUAUUUUGAUAUUGUUCAUUUAGAGGGUGAUGUGUACAUAUCUAUAUUGUAUAUAUGUGAUGAAAAUGCAUUGGCUUUUUGUGCAGAUACAACCUGCUCUCUGUACUGCUGUUGGACAGUGUUUUAAUGUUUCUACAGUUUUGCUAUUGCACGAUUUCAUAUUUUGCCUCUAUGAUGAACGGCAACCAUUCUUUGUAACUGUUUAGUGCUGUAAAGAAAUAUUCCAAGUGUCAUUAGGAUUGUUGCUGCCAGAACUGAUAUGCAUGAAUGGCACUUAAAAUAAAUAUAUUAUGUUAACUCUAUUUACAACA